AUGAUGGCUGGCGGGCAUGAGAAUUGGGCACUGAUCAUCGUCGAUGUUCAGGUGCGUGUCCUGCCCGUCCGACUCAGCCCGAAUAUUACUUGAAGACUCCCGACUCGACUGACUUGCAAGAGCUGCCUGCAUGAUUCCCUGCUGCUGCUGCUGCUGCUGCUGCUGCUGCUGCUGUGCACGUGUAUAGAAUGACUUUAUGGAAGGAGGUGCACGUGAGUGAAUCUAGAAUCUUGGCCGCGGUCAUGGAGGCGGUCUGGUCUGACUUUUGCUGGACGAGCUGCCUACAUACCAUCGGCAGUGCAGGUAUCGCAAGCAUCAACCAUUCUCGAUCCCAUCGACGAGCUGUUGAAUGCGCCUCGAAUCAGACUGGUAGCAGCGACGCAAGAUACGCAUCCGCCUGCGCACCUCUCCUUUGCCUCGACGCACUGCAAGCAACCUUUCACAAGGCACAAUGUCCCGCAUCCUUACUUGCCAAAUGAGCACAUUGAGCAGAUGCUCUGGCCUGAUCACUGUGUGCGCGACACAAUGGGCUUCCAAUUUCAUCCUCGCAUCCAGCAAGCUCUGAAGCGACGCGCGGAUGCUCACAUCAUAUCAAAGGUGAGACGGGCCGUGCACACAAGCAGGCAGGCAGGCAGGCAGGCAGGCAGGCAGGCAGGUGAUGGUAUGCGCGCGCGCUGUCCUUGCAACCUCUGCUGAUGUGGACCUCGAUCGCAGGGCACAAACAUCAAAGUGGACGGCUAUUCUGGGUUUGCGUGAGUGGGCAAUCGAGUGCUGUUUUCCCCCUCACGCACACUGCUGCUUCCCCCCUCCCCUUGUUUCCCUCUUCCGCUCCCGUGGCCAGCACUGACAUACACACCCGUCACCCUCACACGCAAGCGACAACGCGUAUCUCUCCUUCACCGAGCUUCCUCGUCUGCUCUUUGAGAAUCGCAUCACACGAGUGGUGGUGGUGGGAUUAGCGACGGACUACUGCGUCAAGGCGACUACGAUAGACGCUGCCAAAUUUGGCCUCAAGCCCGUCGUCGUUAGGCAAGCGACAAGAGGUGUGGAUGAGCAAGAUUGCCAGCAAGCUUUGAGGGAGAUGAGCCAGUACGGCGCAGAGAUCGUCCAUUCGGCGAAAGAUGUCAUCGCACUGAUGCCAUAG